GAAAGGGACUUGUAGUGUAUAUAUAUCGAUUUUCCCUCCAAAACAAAUAAGUUGUCCACAAUCUCUACUUUCUACUGGUUUUUUCCCUCCAAAGCUCAACCCUAAUCCAUCUCUCUCUCUCUCUCUCUCUCUCUUAACUGGGUUAAGUUUGGCUCUAGAUGAGGAGGAAUGGGUUCUGUUGGGGGCGAUAAUGGUGGAACUAAGCCAUCGAUGAAGACAAGUUCGCUUGUUGAUCAUGGAAAUAGCGAGACCCAGUCCUUCGAUGGUCAGAUUUCAACCCCUCCAUUAUAUGAUGGAAAAGUCAAAUUUGGGGAUGCUGAUGAGUUACUACAAAGUACUGAGCCUUUUGAUAAUCCUGCUAUGGUUGACGAUGCAUUUGAGACCCAAAUACUAGAUUUUGGUGGUGAAACCCAAGUAAUUGAUUUUGGUGGCGAAACCCAGUUAAUGGAUUUUGGUGGUGAGACCCAAGUAUUCGAGGAUGUCAGUAUUGAGCAUAUGGAAACCCAGCUAUUAGAUGAGUUUGCUGAUGAAGUUUUCAUUGAUAGUGACGGCGAAGAAACAGAUGAAACUGAAGUUUUGGGUGAUAACAACGAGCUCUCUGAUGAUGAGUCUAUUAGAAGAGAUGGUGGUCAAUCAACAAAUGAGAAUAAGAUACAGGGCACUUCUCUUUGCAAACAUGGUGAGAAAGGGCUAAUGGAGCAAUCUGAUGUGUUAAGCAAUGGGCAGCACAGUUCAGGAUCUCGGAGAAUGCGGUUUGCCUCACUUGGUGUGGCCUCUCUCCGGGCCUCAGGUUUAGCAGCUCGGAAUAAGGCUCUGAAAAAUGCUAGCAACGGGUCAUGUUCUAUGCCAACUAGUUGCCAGUCUCCAAAGCAAGUUAAAGAUACUGCAGUUUCUUUAAUGGAAGUUGAGGGUAAAGUCGAUCAGGACAAGAAUUCGGGAUUCAAUGAGGUAGAGAAGAUAUUAAAGAGUGAGAACAAAUGCAGGAUUGGAAUGCCAGCAGCAAGAAAACUCUUUACUGAAGAUUUGGAUACUGAAGGCAUGGCACUUCCCGGUGAUACUAAUGGAGAAGAAAACUUGAAUCACUUGCCUGCUUAUGAUUUAGCAGAUUUAAGCUAUAUUGAGUCUCAAGAACCUGGAGAACUAUCACAAGCAAAUGCACUUGAUAUUGUGGAUAAGUUCCUCAAAGACAAUGCUAUGGAACUUGAUAAAGAGGUGGACCAUGGAAAGAGUACCAGUGGGAAUUCAAAAUGUGUCUCAAGUGUAAAAGGGCCACAAAGGCUGGCCAAGAAGGUGAAUGAUAAAACCUCCACCGGAGAAAUAGGUAUUUAUGAUUGGGAUGACAGUCGUGAGGAUGAAGGAGGAGGUGACAUUUUCUGCAGAAGAAAGGAAGAAUUCUUUGGUAGUGGAAGUCAAGGGAAGGAACCUCGAAAGCCCCAAUCAAAUGAACUAGAAAAGCAGAGGUCUCGUAAAGAAAAGUUAAAUGGAAAUAAUAAAACCAUGGGCCUAGCUUAUUCUGAUUCUAGAUUAGUCACACGCAAUUUAAAAGUCGAUGACAUAACUUUCCAUGACGCUGAAAAGGAAUUGAAGAGUAAUCUUGUUAAUGAGUUCAACAAAGAGUCUAAUAUUAACUCCUCGACAAGACACUUGGAAAAUAAUGCUAUCAAUAAAGAUGUACCACAAAUGUCAGAUGUAGGUUUUGAUACUCAGAUGGCUGCUGAAGCUAUGGAAGCUUUAUUUUGUGGUGAGGACGGUGCCAAUACCAACGCUAGUGAUACCCAUCAAGGUAUUGAAAAAAAAUCAAUCAGUUCUACAAAAGGUUCAAUUGGGAAAAAACAAAAGAAUAUAAUUUGCUCAGAACAACCCAAAUCUCUAAAAAGAGCAUGGCUUACUGAUGUAGAAGUUGCUUCAAGGAAGUCCAAGAAAACUAGGGGAAUGGGUGCUAACUUAAAGGAGUCUUUGUUUUCAUCAAAGGAACAGUUUAACAAUGUCAGGAAGCAGCAUGAGACAGAGCUGGUGGUAACAAAACCAAGGAAGGCCAAGUCAAAAGCUAAACAACAGCUUAACAGCAACAGAAGUGAAAACUCCAGUAAAAUGCCUUGUGAGAUUAUUGAGCAAAGAGAGGCAGGACCUUUGACAAGUGGCUGCAAUGCAUUUGAUAAACGAGGGGAAAUUAGUGAUUUUGCACCUGUUGCACGUCGAACUAGGUCCAAGGUUGUAUAUUUGAAAAGGCCAUCUAAUGCAACUGGUGGGUGUGGAGAGGGGAUAAACUAUGUGACAGAGGUUUUUGCAUCCGAGGAGAAGAAAAAUAGCAUGAGAGGUGUUCAGGCUUCUAAAAUAUUGAAUGUAAGAUCUUCAAAACUGGGAGAUACUCCAUCUAUAGAAGUUGGUAAUAUCAAAGCAAACCAACAUCAGCAUUUAAAUCGUAAAAUGGCAGCUCUUACUGAUAAGGUUAAUGCAUUAAGCUGUCCCAGAGGAAGAAGAUCUCUUCGAAAUCUGUCAAAUCAGGUUAAUGAGUUUGGCAACUUAGAUGGUCCAUGUGAGUCAUCUAUUCAGCCAGAAGAAGUUGAACGAUCUAUUACUAGGCAUAAUAGGUCAUGCAGGAAUAAACAAUCAUCUAGAUGUGGUUGUCCAGUUAUGUCUUCUUUGUUGGAAGGAAAAUUACCUCAACAAAGACCAGACGUGGUGGCUUCAGACGAUAAAAAAAGUGCAUGGCCAAGCGCUGGGAUGGAAGAAAAAUUGCCCACACAAUCUAAAUCAUCUUCUUCAUGUGAAACUCCACUUAAAUGUUCAAUACCUGCCAAAGAUGCCUCACCUGUUUGUAUGGGUAAUGAAUAUUUCAACCAAUCAUGUGAGAGGAGUCUGUCAAGAUCAAAACUACUAAAAGAAAUCAGUAGCUUAGGCACCACUUGGCCUGAACCUGCUACGCCAUCAAAAGAUUUACGAAGGAGGAGAGAAAUGACUGAUGUGCGAGUCUUGUACAGUCAGCACUUGGAUGAUGAUAUAAUUAAGCAGCAAAAGAAGAUUAUUGCCCGUCUAGGAGUUUCCAUAGCAUCCUCUAUUACAGAUGCAACACAUUUUAUAGCAGAUGAGUUUGUGCGUACAAGGAAUAUGUUAGAAGCUAUUGCUUCUGGUAAACCAGUGGUGACACAUUCAUGGCUUGCCAGCUGUGGCCAAGCUAACUGCUUCAUUGAUGAGAAAAACUACAUGCUACGGGAUGCCAAAAAGGAAAAGGAAUUUGGCUUUAGCAUGCCAGCUUCUUUGACACGAGCAAGUCAGCAUCCACUUUUAGAGGGUUGGAGAGUAUUGGUCACUCCAAAUACAAAGCCUGGGAAAGAAACAAUUUCGUGUCUGGUUAAGGCAGUCCAGGGCCAGGCAGUUGAGAGGAUUGGUAGAAAUGCACUGAAGGAUGGGAAAGUUCCAGAAGAUCUCUUGAUUCUAUCUUGUGAAGAAGACUUUGAAAUCUGUGUGCCUUUCCUUGAAAAAGGAGCAGCAAUUUACAGUUCCGAGCUGUUAUUGAAUGGGAUUGUUACUCAGAAACUGGAGUAUGAAAGGCAUCAGAUAUUCGUGGAUCACGUUAAGAGAACCCGUUCAACGAUAUGGAUGAAGAAAGAUGGCAAGAAAUUCGUCCCAGUGACUAAAACCAAAUGAGCUUUAUUAUUAUUAUUAUUAUUAUUUUGUCUGUAUUUUUGCGCAGUUUUGUUUGUUGUGCAGUCAUCUGUAUAUGGCAGUUGUAUAUCCUAAUUUGAUCAGUUUUUUUUUUUUUUUUUCUUCUUUUAAGAAAAAUGUCUCUUAAUAUGUCUAUAGUUCUUUUUCA